UUCGACCGGGAAGCACAAUAUUACACAAUCAAGCCCUUUAAUUCUGGACCUGCUUGGGACUGACGUGUUUGUCACUGCCUCCUGUUCCUCCACUUUCUGAUUUUCUCAGCCAUACAGGAAAACAAUUUUCCCGAAUCGCGUGAAGAGAUCACAAUGAGUUUAACAGAAGCCACACAUCUCGAAGCUGAACUGCACAAACUCGAAUGUCACUUCACCUGGGAGCUGAAAAAAGAAGAGCUAGAUCUCACAGAUCUGUUGAACAGGCUGGAACAGCAUGCUGAGUUUAAGCUUGGGGGGGAAGCAGGACUUGCGCAGACAUACAACUCUCUGGGAUUUGUGAAGUACCUUCUAGGGUCUCCUGAAGACGCACUUGUCUUCCUGCAGAAGUGUGUAGAUCUCAUUAGAGAGGUCCGGGAGAGUGAUUGUGACAAGUGGCUCAUAGUGCCCUAUGGGAAUCUGGCCUGGCUACAGUACCACAUGAGAUGCUUUAGUGAAUGUGAGAGUUACCUGGAGAAGAUCAGAAGCAUUGCGCAGAAAUUCCCUGAUUCUGCUUUGGGUCUUCAUCAUGAAGUGCUUGGAGAAAAGGCUUGGGCCUUCUUCAAAUUCUCCCGCAAGUACUACACCCAGGCUAAAGAGUGCUUUGAGAAGGCUUUGGAGCUAGAGCCCAUGGAUGCUCAGUGGAAUUGUGGUUAUGCUUUUGUACUCCACAGAACAGAAACACAGAGCUCCAGUGUAACCGACUCGCCAACAAUCAAGCAACUGCGGCGGGCCAUAGACACAAAUCCAGAUAAUGAUGAGCUUAAAGCUAUUCUAGCAGUAAGGCUUGCUCAAUCCAUGGAGUAUGAUGAAGGGGAGAGAUUGGUGGAAGAAGCUCUGGAGGGUUCUCCAAACGCUCCUAAUGUCAUUCGAUAUGUGGGUAAAUUUUUGAGGACCUAUGGCUCUGUGGAGAGGUCCAUCGCCCUGCUAAAAAGAGCUUUAGAGAAGUCAUCCACAUCAGCUUUCAUACACCAUCAGCUAGCUCUCUGCUACAAGAGAAAAACAACUGUUCUGCAACGUGAAGGAAGUCAAAACUCCCCUUGUGCUGGUGCUGAGAUUCGGAGGAGUCGCAGUCAAUGCAUUUAUCAUUUAGACAAGGCCACCGAGCUGAAGCCUGGCUUUAUUUUAGCUAUGACUGAGCUGGCAGCUCAAUACAGCGAGGAUGGGAAACUUGAUCGUGCAGAAGAGCUGUUUCAGCAAACUCUGCAGGUAGCUAAAGAGAAAAAUGAGGGCCUACAACAAGUGUAUUUCCAUUAUGGGCAGUUUCAGCAGUACAGAAUGAGAUCCCUACCCGAGGCCAUCAUUUAUUAUAUGGAAUGUCUGAAGAUAGACGAAAACACAAUAGAUGGGAAGAGAAGUGCUAAACAUCUGAACAAAAUUAAUGAUAGACGUUCAUCUAAAAGCCCUGGGAGUGGAAGAACCCAGAACUCUGUAAGGAAAGGUGGGAGAAAUGCAGGGCCAUAGAGUGCUGAGAAAAUUCUGCAAAAUACAAGCAUUUAUGAAUAUCUUAAUAUUCUGUUUGUGUCUUUGUAACAGUGUAACUGCAUUCUACUAUCUUGACUCUCACUAUCAUUCUGAGUCGCAUCAUUCACCAAUAAUUUCUGUACACUUUGCUUAAUUAAAACAGAGUUAAACAAAAAAAAGCAACAGUAAUUUUUCUUGUUUAACAGACACGUUUAAAGCUGGGCAGUAUUAAACAUGUACACUUUAUUACUUUAACAAAAAUAAAUGUUCAUUCAAGAUAA